AUGUCUGAUGAUCAACCAGAAACAACAGUACUUGGUAACAUCUUAAUUGAACCUGUGGAGUUGAAUAAAACAUUUGAGGAAGUAUUACCCCCUUUACCGGAAGAAGAAACAGAAUUAGAAGGAUCUUUUACAUGGCAAAUAGACGAUUGGUUUUCUUUAAAAGAAGGAAAAUAUAGUUCACCAAGAUUCAAGAUUGGUGAAUUUGAAUGGGAUGUUCUACUUUUCCCGAAUGGAAAUAGAAACAAAGGUAUUGCCAUUUAUUUAGAACCACAUUCUUUAAUAACCGACCAGGAGAAUCAAGCCGAUAAUAACAAUUGGAAUUGUUGUGCACAAUUUGCUAUAGUUCUAUCCAGACCAGAUGAAGAUAAUGAUAUUAAUAUUAUUAAUCGAUCCCAUCAUAGAUUUAACGCCACCGAAACAGAUUGGGGGUUUGCUAAUUAUAUAGAUCAAAAUCAUUUAAAGUAUCCUACAAAGACUAGAAACAGCCCGUUGUUAAAAGAUGGACGAUUAAAUGUUACGGUAUAUGUACGGAUCUUAAGGGAUCCUACUGGUGUGUUAUGGCAUAAUUUUUUAAACUACGAUUCUAAAAAAGUCACAGGUUAUGUUGGUUUCAAGAAUCAAGGUGCAACAUGCUACUUAAAUUCUCUUUUACAAUCAUAUUUUUUCACAAAAUAUUUUAGAAAAUUAGUUUAUGAGAUUCCAACAGAUAAUGAAUCACCAAAUAAUAGUGUUCCUCUAGCAUUACAAAAAGCAUUUUAUCAAUUACAAGUAUCGGAUGAUCCAUUAGAUACUUUAGAAUUAACAAGGUCUUUUGGUUGGGAUAGUGGUGAUGCGUUUACACAACAUGAUGUACAAGAAUUAAAUCGAAUCUUAAUGGAUAGAUUAGAAAAUAAAAUGAAAAAUACACCAGUAGAGGGAGAAUUGAAUGAAAUGUUUGUUGGUAAGAUGAAGUCAUUUAUUAAAUGUAUUAAUGUGGAUUAUGAAUCAUCUAGGGUAGAAGAUUUUUGGGAUUUGCAAAUGAAUGUGAAGAAUAUGAAAAAUUUGGCUGAAUCGUUCGAAUCUUAUACAGAAUUAGAGCUUAUGAAUGGUGAGAAUCAAUAUGCUGCCCAAGAUUAUGGACUACAAGAUGCUGAAAAGGGUGUAAUAUUCGAAUAUCUCCCUCCGGUUUUACAUUUACAAUUAAAGCGAUUUGAAUAUGACUUUAAUUAUGAUCAAUUAAUGAAAAUUAAUGAUAGAUAUGAAUUUCCUGAAUCUAUUGAUCUUUCAAACUUCUUGGAUAAGGAUAGUAAACAAAAUGGACCGGUAACUUAUAAUCUACAUGGGGUACUUGUCCAUGCUGGUGAUAUUUCAACAGGUCAUUAUUAUACAAUGAUUAAACCAGGAACAGAUGAUAAAUGGUUUAGAUUUGACGAUGAAAGAGUGUGGAGAGUAACCAAAUCUCAAGUAUUUGAAGAGAACUUUGGUUUAAAUAGAUUACCAGAAGAACAAAUAAGAACCAUGACCCGUGAGAGAUACCAAGCAUAUCUUUUAGACCGUCAUACUAGUGCAUAUAUGUUGGUAUAUAUCAGAAGCGAUAUGGAAGAUAAAUUAUUACAACCUGUAACAAAAGCGGAUGUACCUCAGCAUGUUAUUGAUCAAGUAGAGGCAGAACUUGCAGAAAGAGAAAAAAGGGAAAAAGAAAUUAGAGAGGCUCAUCUUUAUGUUACACUGGUUAUUUAUAACCUUAAAAAUUUUAUUAAUUAUCAUGGUUUAGAUCCGAUACCCAAUGAACUGCUAAAAUUUUCAUACCAAGAUUUAACAAACAAUAAAGAGCAGCCCUUGUCAUUAAAAAUUGAGAGAACCACUAAAAUUAAAACUCUAUGUGAACAAAUUAAAGAUGUUUUGAAUAUUCCGACCAACCAAAACGUUAGGUACUGGAAAAUGGGUACUAGACAGAAUAAUACGAUCAGAUUAUGCGACCUAUUGAAAAUGGAUGAUGGAGAUAUGACCUUAGAGACAGCACUAGAAAACGAAGGUGAUGAAUCUUAUUCUUCUAUUGAUAUGUAUGUUGAGGAACCAUACUUAGAUCUUCAAUUUCUGAAUUCAUUAAAAACGAACAAUAUUGUGAAUUUUGACGAUAUAACAGACAACCUUAUUGAUAAAAUUAGGGCCAAUAUUGAUUCUUAUAUUUCCAAAUUGGAUGAAAACCCUUCAUUCGUGAACAAUAUUAAACAAAGGUCUCAACGUUUAGUUUUCAUUAAACGUUUUGAAGUACAGAAGCAACUAUUAUCAGGAUUUGGUUAUGUAGCGGUAGAAGAAGCGGAUACGAUUGCAAAGCUCGCAUAUAUUGUCUUACAGUUAAGUAACUGUGAGGCAAAAGAUAUUGAGCGUUUAAGUUUAUUUGAAGAGAUAAAUAUAGGUAAUAUUAAUCCAUUAUCUCUUCAAUCCCAGUUUUACAAUUCUGAAAUUGGAUUAGGUGAUAUAAUAACAUUUGAAAUAAGAAACAGUCAAGAUAUCAGACAGUAUUCAGCAGAGUCCCCAUUUUAUGGGAACCUAUUGGAAUAUUACAAUUUCUUAGAACAUAGAGUGAAUUUAAGAUUCUCCAAGAUUAGUAAUUCAGAUGAUGAUUACACUGUUAGCGAAGAAGGAGAUAUUCCUGAAAUACCAAAUAAUAAUAAAUUAGUAUCAUCAACUGCAUCAACGAAAUUUGACAUAUGGAUCCAUUCAAAUAUUAAAUAUUUUGAAUUGGCCGAAGUUGUUUCUAAGAAGACGGGUAUUGAACCAGAGUAUUUAAAAAUAUUUGCAAUUUAUAGUAAUGGUCGUUUCCCUCUAAAUUCAAGAUCAACAUUAAACGAUUAUUUAAUGAAGGAUUACAAUUGUAAUAGUAUUCCUCCUUUCCAAUAUGAAGAAUUAUCUAUUCCAUUGAAGGAAUUCGAACAUUUAAGACCUAUUAAAUUUUAUUGGUUAAAGGAUAGUUACAUACAUUAUCAAAGCCAUGAAUUUGAAGUUGCUGGGAAUUGUUCAGUAGCAGAAUUUUUAGAUAAAAUUCAACAGAAAAUAGGUUUCAAUGAUGAAGAGAAAAGUAAAAUUCUACUGUGGACAAAUUACGACUUUGAAUUUCAAGGAGUUCUCUCUAGGGAUACAUUAUUCAAAAAAAUAUCUAAACAAUUCUUAAUUUUUGGGCGAAUUCUCCCAGAUGAAUUGGAAUUGUUUAAGAAAUUUGAUAAUUAUGAAAAUGUUGGUACUGUGAGUAAACAAUUGAGAGAUAUUGAAGAAAGUGUCAGUAAUAUAAGCGAUCGACCAUCAGUGUCACCUACUCCAGAUUCUCUGAGAUAUAUGAAUAAUCCAGAGAAUGAUGGUCAUUUAGUGGUUGUUUCUCAAUAUUUCAAAGAUAUGGAUAAUAAACACGGAAUAUCAUUCUUAUUCAACUUGAUUCCGAAUGAAAAAUUCGCCGAUACUAGAGAUAGAUUACAUAAAAAAUUUGGUUUAGGUCAAAAGGAAUUUUCAAGGAUUAAGUUAGGGAUAUUAUUCACGACGGCUCAAGGUAAAUCCUUUAAAUCACUUCAAAAUUAUUCUGAAGAAGAAUUACAAGAUAUUGUACUUUUCGAUGUUAUGUCUAAUCUUGAUACUAUAUUCAUGGAUCACCCAGAUAGGUUGAGAUCUCAUAAUUCACAGGAUAGACCUAUGGUAAUUAAAAAUUAG